UGAUUCUCUUCUCUUUCUUCAUUUGUCUUCCUUCUCUCACCGAAUUAGAACAGAAUCUGAGUUGUUGGUGAUAGAAGAAGAAAAAAAAAGUUCGACUUAGUUGCAAGUACGAAUUGGAAGAGAAGAGAAAAAGAAUGAGAAAAGAUGAGAAAGUAAAGAUAAACAAGCGAAUCUAUUAACAAGUUGAAUUGUUUUCUUUUCUCUUUCGCUUUUAUUUUUUAUUCAAAUUCUAUUCUUUUUCUAUUGACAAUGAAGAUUAGCUGAUUAGUGAUUGUUUUCUAUCGACAAUUAAUUGUUACCACCACCCAGUUAAUCGGAUUUCGUUUUAAUUGUAGUGAUUAAGAUCGACAAGGACAAAUUAUGAUCUCGUUUAAAGUGUCAUUGUUUUCAUCUCAACCUUCAACCUCUUCUAUACCAAGGACUUGAAUCUCGACAAUUAAAUGAUCAGUGUUUUUCUUUUAGUGAUUAAUUGCAAUUACAAUUGACUGAUUUCUCUAAUUCUAAAUUGAUUUGAGUUAAUUAAAAGUCGCUUUCAUUCAAUAUGAAGACUAAAAGAUUGAAUUUUAUUCUUCACCAUUAUGAUUUAUCAAAGUGUCGCCAUUGUUGUUUAUUGUUGUUAUUGUGUCAUUUUUAUCUAAUUGGAUCAAAUUAACUAUUCAAUCUAACAUUUUUUUCCCUUUAAUUGUGAUAUCAGUUAAUCCUCUAAAUUGAUUAUCUCGUGCAAAUCAAUUAUUCAUCAUCUUCUCUGUGAAAAUAUCACAUCUCUCUUUGAAUAUCUUCAUUUGUUUCAAUAUCUCUCAUCCGAUUGGUGUUUUUUUCUGAUCUGCAAUUUGAACCAACUAAAUUAGUGAAGAUUAGUUAGUUUAUCUUCUGAUACUAAUUGUGUUCUCCUGUAAUUAAAUGAUCGUCUGUGUUUUUGGCAACCAACAAUCGUGAAAGAAACAAAGUGAAUCAGAAAAGCCAAUCAGGUAUCUUAGUCGUUUCUACACCAGCGAUGCCUUUUCAAAGUGAAUUCAAUUAAUAACAAAGAUAUGACUUGUAAGGUGAUUAAGAUUAAUCCAAUUUGAUUAAUCCGUUAAAGAGAGAUCAUCUUUUGUCUCCAGAUCGUUUGUUUUUCCGUUAAUGUGCUAAUGUAAUCGGAACCAAUGACGUGACCUGAUGAAGAUUUUGUUUUCCAUCGCCAAAAGUGAGGGAAAAUUAAUGUUUCUCUUUUUUAAUUUGUGUUCUAUCAGCGCUCAGAAGCGUUUACCUCAUUUUCUAAUCUUGUGACUAAUUGUUGAUCAAUUUAUCUCUAUUUCGAUUUGGAAAUUGGUGUUGAAGUUCUAGUUGGUCUUUUUUUUUAUCUAAUUGUUGAAUUGUGACGAUAUGAAUCUACUUCAACGUUCACUCAAUUCUCAGCAACAAUCGACCUCAAGCAAUCCCGCACCAAAGAAAAGCACAGCUUCUUCUUAUGCACCAGCCACUCAUGCAACAAACACUCAUUUACUUUUCCAUCUUAACGAACCGUAUGGGAACUUUUUCAAUGGCCCACCAGCAUCUUCCUCAUCAUUUUCAUCACCAAAUGCUCCCGGUCGAGGGAUGGGUAAGAAACCAUCAACCUCUGGUAAACCAGGAGCCACCGGUGGAUUUCUUGAUCUUCACCACUCCAAUCCUGCCUCAUCAUCUUUUGAUUAUUAUGAGUACUUCUCAAACUAUGGUCGUAUCUUGGCAACACCACCUCAUUCACCCAAUGCCUUGGAUCAUUUUAACGAUCGAGCUGGUGUUUCAGGUUCCAAUGCCGCUGGUGCAACCGGUGCAUUCGGUGAUCACAGUUUCAAAAGAUUUUGGAGACGAAGUGGUCCACCCAAGUACCAACCCAUCUCGGCAACCGAUUCACCUGAACGAUCAAGAGAUAUUUACAGAGGUGAAAGUGGUAAUAGUGGCCUUCGAGGUGGUACACCUUCUCCUCAAUUGGGUCGUCAUCCAAGUCGCUCAACUCGUUUACCCUCCAGCCCAAGUUCACCAGGCUUGUGUUUCAUGGACGCUGCUCCACUUUUAUCACCUCCAUCUGAUCCACCGAUGGUCUCAAUGCUUCCAUCAUCAAUGGGACCAUCAGCAUCAUCUUCAUCCACUGCGACAGCCCAAUCAAUCCAUCCAUCAAGUGGACCUACACCCCAUCGGAUAAGUUUCAUCGAGACCAACCUGUACAUACCCAUUGAUCUUCCCUCUUCACCCGACUCUUUGCCCGUUCUACCUCGUCGAGGUCCUCACGGUUUUAUGCACGCAGAAUGGGUUCACCAUACCGUCAAUCAACUUAAAUCACAAUUUAAAUCAGUUCAUAAUCAGAUACUCAUAAACGUUGAGCGUAAAAGUCGUUAUCCAUUCAUAAUCUAUGGUUACCCGGGACCCGGUUUUGAUCCUUCUGCAGGUCCAAUUCUGCCAACCGCAGCAUUUGCUACUCUCUCACCCGAACUCAGAAUCUUCGAUGGUCUCUAUGAUAUCGCAUCUUCCCUAAUUCGACCUGGUUCCAAUUACGAUGCCGAAGACAGAGUUCAACCCUUAGGCUACAUCGUCUCAGCAUUUCAAACUUUCCCCGGUGAAGAUAGUGAAAAACUUGAAAGAAAUUGGUUAACCUGGACAGGAGCCACAAUUUUGUACAAACAACUUCCGAUGUCGAUUGGCCUUCGCCGUCUCAUCUUUUUCAAACGACACGAUCUCCACUUACUCAAAUCCUAUUCGACUCAAAGUGAAAACGAGAUUCCGAUAUUUACUUACGUACUGGUCUGCGAAUGUUUUAAUUUACGUGAUUGUCAUCUAGCGACCGCGUGUUCGGUAAUUGAUCAAUUACGAUUUAGAUGUUGUGGUUACUCUGGACUUUAUGUUAAUCAUCUUUAAUCAUUAAUCGUACUCACACUCUCAUUGAUCUUCAUCUCACUUUUUGUUUUCUAAAAUUACAAUUAUCUCAAUUGUUACGACGACGUCUUCCAAUUUAAUUGGGCUUUAAGGUGAUCUUUUUGUUUUUCGUUUGCGUUUGGUUGGUAAUUAACUUGGAAGUUAAUUACAAUUGAUACGACAAACAACUUUACGAUAUUUACGAUUGGUUUGGUUGUUAAUUUGGUUUCGUUUCUCUUUGGUUAAUCAACUCUGAUUUCUAAUUGCCUUCUCGGAAAUCAUCUUAUAAAAUUGAAAAUACAACACAAAUUGUAAUUAAAUUGUUUUAACAGCAACAAAAAAAAAAGUUUUUAAUUGCAACUCAAUCAACAUUAAAUACUUUGUUGACAUGGAAA